AUGGCAGCUCCCAUAACAAAGCUCCAGCAGGUGAAGCUGCCCACUGGCCCUGCACCUCUGACGCCCGAACAACAAUACUGGAAAGGCUUUAAAUCUUCUCAAAAUAUCCCCUCGCAAUCGCCUAUAACGCACAUCUCCUUCCCACCACCCCCAAGCAAUCCCCUGCUCCCUUCCACCAAUGACUACUUCGCCGUCACCACCGGUACACGAGUGCAGAUCUUCUCGAUACGGACGCGCAAACUAAUCAAGACAAUCACACGCUUCUCGGACAUUGCGCACAGCGCUGAGAUUCGACGAGAUGGACGCGUUAUGGUGGCCGGUGACGAGACGGGCAAGAUACAGGUGUUCGAUGUGAACUCGCGCGCAAUCUUGAAGACGUGGGAAGAACACAAGCAGCCGGUAUGGACGACGAAGUUCUCGCCCACGGAGCUCACUACCGUGAUGAGCGCAAGCGACGACCGGACAGUGCGGUUGUGGGAUUUGCCGACCCAGGAAAGCACAACGACGUUUGUUGGGCAUGAGGAUUAUGUACGCAGUGGCAGUUUUAUGCCCGGCACCAUGUCGAAUUUGAUCGUGAGCGGGAGUUACGAUGGCACGGUUAGACUGUGGGAUCCUAGGGUGCCGAGUAAGGCUGCGAUGGUGUUCAAGCAUGCCGCGCCUGUGGAGACGGUGCUACCCAUGCCGUCGGGGACGACCGUGCUUGCUGCGGCUGAUAACCAGAUUUCGGUGCUGGAUCUCGUGGCUGGAAAACCGCUACAUUUGAUCAAGAAUCACCAGAAGACUGUUACUUCGCUGUGUCUUGCGUCAAAUGGGACGAGGCUUGUCAGUGGGGGCUUGGAUGGGCAUGUGAAGGUAUUUGAGACGGCGGGGUGGAAUGUUGUUGCUGGAUCGAAAUACCCAGCGCCUGUGUUGGCUGUUAACGUUGUUUCAGCGGGUGCGAAUCGCGAGGACAAGCAUUUGGUUGUUGGCAUGCAGUCUGGUGUCUUGUCUAUUCGAACAAGGCUUUCCGGACAGCAGAAGGUCAAGGAGCGAGAGAGAGAAAAGGAGAUGCAGGCGCUUAUUGCAGGCACACUGGACGACUACGACAAGAAGAACAAGAAUAAGAAGCGGACCAGAGGUAUUGAGAAGAAGCUCAGGGGGUUAGACUUCGUUGGGGAAGGCGUGGAUGUUAUCAUCGAGGGUAACGACAGGAAGGAGAGGAAGCCGGAAUCGUUCUGGGAAAGAGAUCUUCGGCAAGGCAAAUAUGCACAAGCACUGGAUACUGUUCUGAAUCGGGGAUUACCCGCUGUUACAGUCCUCACUUUGCUCACAGCACUACGACAUAGAAGUGCUAUGAGAGUAGCAUUUCAAGGCCGGGACGAGAACACCGUUCAGCCUAUUCUCAAAUGGGUUGUCAAGCACAUUACGGAUCCUCGAUACGUUGGAAUCUGCGUCGAUUCAGCUCUACUACUGCUGGACAUUUACUCUGAGCACGUUGGCGGAUCUCCAGAGCUGGAACAUAACUUCAAGAUCUUGCAUCGGCGAGUGCGGACUGAGGUAGAGAGAUCACAGCAGGCGUGUCAGACGAGUGGGAUGUUGGAGAUGUUGAUGACUGGGAUGCCAUAA